UUUCAUUGGCUAGCUAUCUCUCUCUCUUUCUCUGAUUCCUUGCUUUCUUAACAAAAAAAAGUCUACUCAUUAAUUUCCUACUGCCGUUCCUUAUUUUCUCUCCACUUUCUUGCAGUUUCCCACUAACCAAACACAACCUCACUCUCAGCUACAAACAUUAUCACAUAGCCUCACUCUUUAUCUAUGCAAGCGCCCACAGGUCAGAGACAUCAAAUAUUCCAACUGGAAGAGUAAAUUUGAAAGUUUGCCGAGGGCAUUUUCGGGAGCCAAAAAACUAUAGCGGACAAUGUCUGUCCCACCGCGAGUCCGGUCGAUGGACAUCGCCGAAUCGGAGAACAAGGCGCCUCAAAAGCCGGUGAAGAAAGCUGAGAAACCGCGGCAGCAAGAUACUGAGUCUAAGGAUAAGAAACAUGGGAAAGUGGCGUCUGCUGUUUUGCGACAGAAGUCGAUGAAUGGGUCGUGCUCAUCGGACGUCUCGUCGGAUUCGACGCACAGCCGCGCAUCGUCGUCGUCCUCGCUUUCGUCACGGUCAUGGUCGAGCGGGAAAAUGGCAGUGGCGGCACGGAGGAAUGGAGUUGUAAGGAGAAAACAGUGUGAGGUGAAAAUUGGUAAGGAGGCGAAAACCGGCGGUGACGAUGACUGUUUGGCGGUGGAGAGUGGCAAUGUGGUUAGCGGAAAUAGUGGACCACUGGGUGCAGAUGAUUGCUUGGAAAUUAAGAAAAGGUGCGGUUGGGUUACUCCCAAUACUGAUCCAUGCUAUGCAACUUUUCAUGAUGCAGAAUGGGGAGUACAGGUGCAUGAUGACAAGAAGCUGUUUGAAUUGCUAUGCCUCUCAGGUGCUUUGGCUGAACUUACGUGGCCUGUCAUUCUUAACAGAAGGCCUAUAUUUAGGGAAGUGUUUUUGGGUUUUGACCCAAUUGCUGUUUCAAAAUUAAACGACAAAAAGAUAGCUGUGCCCGGAAGUCUUGCCAGCUCACUACUGUCAGAACUAAAGCUACGAUCCAUCAUUGAAAAUGCACGUCAAAUGUGCAAGGUCAUAGAUGAGUUUGGGUCAUUCGACAAAUAUAUCUGGAACUUUGUAAACCAAAAGCCUAUAGUUAAUCAAUUCCGACACUCCCGUCAAGUUCCAGUCAAGACCCCAAAAGCAGAGGCCAUAAGCAAAGAUCUAGUACGAAGAGGGUUUCGAAGUGUGGGGCCAACAGUCAUAUAUGCAUUCAUGCAAGUGGCUGGAUUGACAAAUGACCAUCUCGUCAGUUGCUUCAGAUUCCAGGAGUGUCUUACUGGGACUGAAGUAAGGGAACAGAAUGAGAGUCUUAAGCCCAAGACUGAAAAGAAAGAACCUGCGGAUCCAAUUGAUGUGGGAAUUCCAAGAGCUAUGGAUGUCUAUAGUUCCUCAAGAUAACUAGGUCUCUGUCAGUUAGCUGUUUUCUGUGCUGGGUGGUUUUUGUAUAAAUGGUUACCACUACUGCUGAAAGUUUCUGCAAGCCCUAUGUUUUGUUGGCAUGUAAUUACUUAUUUGAAACAUGACUGUAUUAUACAAGUAUUAUUUUCUUCAUUCAAGUGAAUAUGUCGAAAGAUGCUUCAAGAAAA